AGUGCAGGGAAGGAAUGGUUUGGAACCAAUCAAAAGUGGGUGGAGUUUCUCCAGAAGCAGGUACCCCGCUGGCAGUUCAUGAUAAAAGAAUGGGUCGUGUCCCACGAGCGUCACGCCAUCUUGGUCAUCAAGUACGAAGACCUUCUGAAGAACGCCUCUCACCAGGUCAAGAGGAUACUCUCCUUCCUCCAGAUGCCCUACAGAGACAAAGAGGU